AUGUCUUUACAUACUAAUUAUGACAAUAGUCGUACGUCGUUUCCGAUGUAUUUUGGUCAGCAAACGAAAUUCGGUGAUGCUGCUUCAACACCAUUGAAAAUGAUCGAAUUGCAAAUCGAACAACAAGUCAAUGCAAAAUUUCCACUCAUACAUCAAAUAGCAACAACAAUGACAUUUAAAAAUGAACAUAAUCGCAUAUUAGAAGGAGCUUUGGAAUUUAUUCUACCUGAAACAGCAACCAUAUGUGGAUUUGGUCUUGAUGUUGAUGGUAUUAUUGUUGAUGGUGUUGUCGUUGAAAAAGAAAAAGCUCGUGUUACAUUUGAAAAAGAAGUUCGAAAAGGUGUUGAUCCAGGUUUAGUUGAGAUGAUCAAAGGAAAUGUAUUUCGUACAAGAGUUUAUCCAAUGCCAGUUGGAGGUACACGAAUUGUUCGUGUCAUUUACCAAGAUCAAGCACAAAUGGAAAAUGAUCACUUUCUUUUUCAUAUUCCUAUAUAUUUUAAUACUACACUUGAAAAUUUGGAUAUUUCAUUAUAUUGUACACAUGCAUCAAAUGACUGUCAACCACAAUUUCUUUCCAAAGUAAAAUUUCAACAAAAUUUUGUAAAUUCAAACGGAAGAUAUUCUUUCGAAUUUCAUCAAGUCAAUGUUAAACCAUCACAAGAUGAACAGUCUAUUACAUAUAUGCUAAAAAGUCUAACACCAGGACAACCUAUUCAUAGUGUAGAAAUCGAUCCUGAUGAUCACAGUCAAGCUUAUUUUGCUUUAUGCUAUAUGCCACCACUAUCACAAACAAAUAACAUCGUAUCCAAUAGUCAAAAGUUAAUGUCAAUUUGUAUACUUUGGGAUGCAAGCUUAAGUCGAGCUAAUUUGGAAAAUCGUAAUCAUGAAAUUAGUAUGCUCAAGAUGAUAUUAAAUACUUGGAAAUUGAAUGGUAAUGAUAUUAACUUAACCAUUGUUGUUUUUCGAAAUGAAUUUGAAGAACCACAUUCAUUUAAUUUACAAGAACAAGACUAUUGGUCUCAACUUAAUCAGUUUUUAACUAAUCUACCAUAUGAUGGUGCAACAAAUCUAUUUCAACUAGCUAAACUUUCAACUAUUAUUUCAAAUGUAACACAUUAUUUUUUAUUUAGUGAUUGUCUUUCGACUAUUGGUAAUGAUGAACCAAUCCUAUUGAAUAAUUUAACAACAAAACCAAUAUGGAUAUUUAAUGCUAAUUCUACACGUGAACCAAGUAAUUUUCCAUUGAUUAAUUAUUUAACGAAUCUUAGUGGCGGUGGCUAUAUUUCACGUGAGAAAAUCAUGACUCUAAAUAAUGUUAAUGAUUUUGUUCAAUGGAUUGAUAGACCACAAACAAGAUAUUUGAAUACGAAUAUUAUCAAUGAUACUAAUGUUUAUGAUAUUUAUCCGAGUCAUUCAAUUACAUUAACACCAAAUACAGAACGAUUCAUACUUGUUGGCAAAAAGUCAUCAUCGACCUCAGCUAAUAUUGCUGUUAAUUUUAUUAUUUCAAAUCAAAUACAUCGUAAAGAAUUAAAGAUCGAUAAAGUAGAUUCAACAUCUGAAAAUUAUGGAUUAUUACAACGAUUAUAUGCUAAACAAAUGUUAAUUGAAUUAAGUGCAUUUCCAGAAAAGAAUAAAAAACGUAUUUUAGAUAUCGGUUUGAAAUAUUCACUUGUAAGUGAUUUUACAUCAAUACUCGUCUUAGAAACAUUACAACAACAUAUUGAAUAUAAUAUAUGUCCACAUCGAUCACGUACAAAAUUAUAUAAUGAUUAUAUAACCUAUCAAGAUAAUAAAAAACAAGAAGAAUUAACUAAAAAUCAAUCAAAACUAACAGCUGUCUUGAAUUUAUGGCAAAAACGUUGCACAUGGUAUGAUAAAAUAAUAACAGACAAAGAUCGUAGAAAUGCAUUCCAAAACAAAGACUCUAACCAACAUAAUAGGGAAUACCGUAGAAUGACACGAAGUCGGUCCCGAUCACCACCUUCUACGAUGGUCGACCGUGACUAUGCAAUAGAUGAUGAUUCAUUUGAGUCCCCAGAAGUUACAAUGAACUACAGACAAUUUGAUGAAGCAGAAAGCUCAUCACCCUUAUCCAUGGAUAAUUUUGAGAUGGAAAUGAAUAAGAAUAUUGUUGAUGAUUAUGAGGAUGAAGAGGCGGAUGAGGAGGAAGAAAACUCUCACUACCGAUCAUCAUCUUCAAGAAGACGCUUAUCUGAUGAUAACCUUGCUACUACUAAUACUAGUAGUAAUACUCAAACGAUUACUCUUCAAAAUUGGGAUCCACAAACACCAUACAUGAAUAAAAUUAAAUCAAGUACUAGUUUACAAAUAGCUUAUCAAAUUUAUUUAAAUGAACGUCAAUCAUAUUCUAAAUCACCAUCAUUUUAUUUUGAUAUAGCAUCAUAUUUUUUCUCACAAGCUCGUUCUUCAAAUUCAAAACAAUCAUCAAUUGAUGCAUUUAAUCAAUACUAUGCACAGUCAAAUUAUAAUAUUUCAAAUGAAUAUCAAUAUUUUGGUUUACGUAUUCUUACAAAUGUUUUAGAAUUAGAAUUAGAAUCAGUACAAUUAUUACGAACUGUUGCUUAUAAACUUGUUGAACUUGGUCUUUAUAAUUUAGCUGAGAAUAUUUUUCGACAUAUUGUAAAUUUGAGAUCGGACGAGCCACAAUCAUUUCGAGAUCUAGCAUUAUUAUUACAAGAAUCGAAUUCUGAAACAAAGAAUCUUAUAGAAAUAUCAGAUCUAUUUAAGAAAGUUAUAUUUGGUGAAUGGGAUAAUCGUUAUUCAGAAAUUGAAGUUACAACAUUGCAUGAAUUGAAUUAUUUCGUAUUUCAAUUUCAUCAACAACAACAAAUAUUGAAUUCAAUUGAUAAUCGUCUUAUUCGUCAUUUACCUGUUGACUUAAGAAUUGUUAUGGUUUGGGAUACAAAUGAUACAGAUGUUGAUUUACAUGUUAUUGAACCAACAGGUGAAGAAUGUUAUUAUUCUCAUAAAAAUACAGCUAUUGGUGGUAUGAUAAGUCGUGAUUUUACAACGGGCUAUGGACCAGAAGAAUAUCUUGUUCGAAAGGCAGUCAAAGGUAUAUAUACAGUUCGAGGAAAAUAUUUUGCUAAUCAUCAACAAAGUCUAACUGGUGCAACGACAAUCAUGGUACAUAUUUAUAAAUAUUAUGGACAAUCAAAUCAACAAAAAGAAAUUGUUACAUUACGAUUGAAUAGUAAUCAGGAAAUGAUUGAUGUAUGCAAAGUAAACUUCAAUGAUGAUAUUCAACAAAUUUCAAACAAUACAGUAACGAAUAAUCAAAAUUUAAAUACGAAUAUUCUUUCACGUAUUACUUGUGAUGGAUGUGAUAUAUCACCAAUAAUAGGAGAUCGUUACAAAUGUUUAUUUUGUCCCAAUAUUGAUUUUUGUCAAUCAUGUAAGUCUGUUAGUAGAACAAAUUAUGAUUCGAAUCAUCAAUACAAUCAUCCAUUAUUAUGUAUUAAAGAUUCCAAUGAAUAUCCAAAGUCGAUUUACUUAAGUAAUCGUAGUAAAAUCAAUCAUAAGAAUAAACAAUGUAAUUCAUGUUUUAUGAAACCGAUUAUUGGUAUUCGUUACAAAUGUGCUUGUGGAAUUAAUUUAUGUGAAAAAUGUGAAUUCAUGGGUUUACAUGAUACAGAUCAUCGUCGUACAAAAAUAGUUAAAUCAGAAUGA